AUGGCCGCCAGAGUGCAGAUGCAGGGCAAUAACAUGGCCGACUAUCGCAUGUACCAGAUGCCGCGCAGACCCGUAGGGGGCUCGCACCAUGCCGGCCUGCAAUUUCAGCCGUCUGAGGCUUCCAGUCCGCAGCAACAUCAACCACCACCACAGCGACUUGCCCCCAACUACGACCAGCCGGCCUAUGCCCAAAGCCAGCCUCACCAACGCAGCGCCCAGUACAGUCGCAACAGCGACAGUUACCAAUACCACCACCACCACCACCCGCACGCCUUUCACCGCCAAGCGCAGCAUCCCCAGCAGCAGCAGCAGUACCACCACUACAACCAAGUUCCUCUCGCCGCGGGCCCCGUUCCCUCCCGAACUCUCUCGAAUGCUACAACCUCGACUUCUUCAACGGGCGGAAAUCGUGUUACCAAUACCAUGUCGACCGCUUCGUCUGAUAUUCACCGCAGCGCCUCCUCGCGCUCGGCAAGCGCCCCGCUAAGUUAUGUGGCUCUCAUGAGACGCCAGAAGGGCACCGUCUGGUGCGACCGCGCACAGCCCGAGGAUCCUCGCCUUCAAGCCCAGAAGCGAGCCGCGAAGCAACGCGCACACCUCGAAUUGCACGGCUCCUCCGGGCGCUCCAGCACUUUUGCGAGCGGCAAGAUCCGGCACAGCGGCAAGGCCGGCCCCAGCUUCUCGCCAUCUACGCUGAUCGGUGCUACUGUUCCAGUGCGACUCAGUGCAAAUGAAAUUGGCGACGACGACGGAGACGAUCAUUCCAGCGAAGGUGGCCCGUACCACCGUCGCACUGGCAGUGCCAGAAGUUCCUUGGGAAGCAUGCAGCGCUACCCAAGCGGUUACCAGCGUCCGCAGGGCAAGACGCCGCCAAACGAGCAGGCCGAUAUUCCCGAGGUCGCCGAAACUGCUGCUGCCACCACAGGAGCGGCCGGUCCUGACGCCGCUCAGAGUCUUGAUAGCGCAAACGACAGUCUGACGUCCUCGCUGAGAGACCUUACGACAGAAGACCAGGACUUACAUGACGAACACGAUUUUGGCAAUAUUGGCGAAAUGGGCGCCCCGGCUGCCGCUCCUACGGCCAUGCAAAAAGCGAAGAAGGCAGACGAUCUUCGACGUCGCGGUAGUGUCGAUGACCGGACUACGAGCUUGACUGGUGUGAGACUAUUCGUCGCCAAUCCGGAUGCAGACGAUUGA